CUGAGUGACGUCACGUCAUGAGGUUGCCACUUGCCAGGCGGGAAGACAGCACAGUGACAUUAUUUAGACCGACGACGGUGUCUGAGCAGGGUCAGGGCGAGACGCAAACACCAUGCCGCCGACUCGCAGGGAAGCUCUGCGGAGCCGGGUGGAGGAGCUGGUGGAGAAGAACCCGGUGAUGGUCUUCAGCAAGAGCUCCUGCCCCUACUGCGACAGGGUAAAGACCCUCUUCACCGAGCUGGGCAGAGAGUAUUUUGCGCUGGAGCUGGAUCAGUGCGAGGACGGCGGCAGUAUUCAGGACACGCUGCAUGAAAUGACCGGACAGAAGACGGUCCCCAACGUCUUUGUGAAUAAGACCCACGUGGGCGGCUGCGAUAAAACUCUCCAGGCUCAUCAGGACGGGACUCUGCAGAAGCUGCUGGACAAGAACGCUGUCACCUAUGAUUAUGACCUUAUCGUCAUUGGGGGCGGUUCCGGCGGUCUGGCGUGCUCCAAGGAAGCUGCAGCUCUGGGGAAGAAAGUCAUGGUGUUGGAUUUCGUUGUUCCUACACCUCUAGGGGCUUCUUGGGGGCUUGGCGGCACAUGCGUCAAUGUCGGGUGCAUUCCCAAGAAGUUAAUGCACCAAGCGGCUCUCCUGGGACAAUCGCUGAAAGACUCCAGGAAGUUCGGCUGGGAAUACGAUGAACAAGUAAAACACAACUGGGAGACCAUGAGGGAGAACAUCCAGAACUACAUUGGCUCUUUGAAUUGGGGCUACAGGGUAUCGCUGAGGGACAAGAACGUCCGCUACGAGAACGCCUACGGAGAGUUUGUGGAACCGCACAAGAUCAAGGCAACAAACAAACGAGGCAAAGAGAGCUUCUUCACGGGAGAUAAGUUUGUCAUCGCCACAGGGGAGAGGCCCCGAUAUCUCAGUAUCCCGGGUGAUAAGGAAUUCUGCAUUACCAGCGAUGAUCUCUUCUCGUUGCCGCACUGUCCUGGAAAGACGCUCGUGGUUGGAGCUUCCUACGUGGCUUUGGAAUGUGCCGGUUUUCUUGCCGGGAUCGGCUUGGAUGUCACCGUUAUGGUGCGCUCCAUCUUCCUACGUGGCUUUGACCAAGAGAUGGCAGAUAGAGCUGGAGCCUACAUGGAAACCCACGGAGUGAAGUUCAUCAAGAAAUUUGUACCAACUUCAGUGGAGCAGCUGGAGGCCGGGACUCCAGGGAGGCUGAAAGUGAUCUCCAAGUCUACUGAAAGCGAUACCGUCAUUGAAGAUGAAUAUAAUACAGUCCUAGUUGCUGUUGGAAGAGAUUCUUGCACUAGAAAUAUUGGUCUUGAGAAGAUUGGAGUGAAAAUCAAUGAGAGGAAUGGAAAGGUUCCUGUGAACGACGAGGAGCAGACCAGUGUGCCUCACGUCUAUGCCAUAGGGGACAUACUGGAUGGAAAGUUAGAGCUGACGCCAGUGGCAAUCCAAGCUGGUCGGCUGCUGGCCAGGAGGCUAUAUGGCGGCUCCAAACUCAAGUGUGAUUACAUCAAUGUACCAACCACAGUGUUUACUCCAAUGGAGUACGGCUGCUGUGGAUACUCGGAGGAAAAAGCCAUUGAAAUAUUUGGCGAGGAAAAUCUAGAGAUCUACCACACUUUAUUUUGGCCUCUGGAGUGGACCGUUCCCGGGCGUGACAAUAAUACUUGUUUUGCCAAAGCAAUCUGCAAAAAACAUGAUAAUGAGAGGGUGAUUGGGUUCCAUGUCUUGGGGCCAAAUGCUGGUGAAAUCACUCAGGGGUUUGCAGCUGCAAUGAAAUGUGGUCUGACCAAAGAGAAGCUGGAUGAGACCAUCGGAAUCCACCCGACAUGUGCAGAGAUAUUUACAACCAUGGAGGUCACCAAAUCAUCCGGAGGAGACAUCACCCAGAAGGGUUGCUGAGGUUAAGCCCUGCUGUUGACUGUCCCCUUGACUGAUCUUCCUGCGAUACGUUCGGUGUGGGUCAUCAAUGCGUUUACCCACAACUCCCGGCGGUCGACACGAGGAUGAGUCUCGAGGGUGAGCGGUGGAACAGCAGGGUUUCCGAGAGGCCUGGACCUGUUUGGAUUAGCGUUUGGAUCUGCAAUGCUUGUUAUGAAGCCUCUGCUCAUCACCUCUCCUGGAGGAGAGCAGCGGCGGAUGACCAGACACGGUCUGGAUCACUACUACUACUUCAUCAUCUUCUGUCUGCAGUUUAUUUUUUUGAUUUAGGAGUAUUUUUUGUUAACCCUCUCCCCUCUCGUUUAUUUUUCUACGCCGCCACUUCUUGUAGCCCCCAUCACCGACAUUCUACGUCCUGUCUGAUCCCUCUAAAGACACGUCUGUCUGAUGCAAACCUUUCUGUCCAUCUGUAUUUAUUUGAGCUGUAACCGAAUAGUUAUGUCCUCAUCCCCCAACUUACCCGAUAGGAGCUCGUCCAGUGGGUCUCCACUGUUCCUACCCAGACCGGGGGGGGGGCGAUGCCUGUGGCAGAACAUUGCACCCUCAAGGCUUUAUUAAAGGAGUUUCAUGUGAUAAAAUGCUCUACCUUUUCCAAGAUCUCUGCUUGUUGUCAGUAAAUGAAAACAUUUCAGUUUGCAACCAGAGGUUAAAAAAAAUAUAUAUAUGCAUCCUGAUAAAAAUCCAGCUUGUGAUACACUGUACCGGCCCCUGAACCAAAUGGUGUUUCACCUUAAGGAUGCUGCUGGGAUAAUGGUUUGUAUUCAUGGACAGCAAGCAGGGAUUGAAACAUUGCCUUUAAUAUUAGAAACUCCAUGGGCAUGAUGGAGGAGGGGUGCCUCUCUGGCGAGUCCUAUGUUGGGGGGGCUAUGAGACCUUAGCUCCAGGCAAAAGAUGAAUUAGAGUUACAAUGUAAUGCAAUUGGUGGGAGGUCUGACACAUGAAAUGGAUAGUUAUCAGAUUGGUGGGGGUCUAACCUCUGGGACCCCAUGAGAAAAGGUGUCCUGCAUCUCCCUAUAUGAAUGGAGUGAGGGGUCUCUCAUGCACGGCCUCUCCAUUCAUCUAGGGGGGAGUAGAGCACUUCAUCACCUGCCGCUCCUCCUUUCCAUGCAGAUGGGGGACAUAGGGGUCCUGGUCGUGGACGUCCCAGCAGUUGACCUCUACUGAUCCAGUGUUUACCCCCCCCCCCCCCCCCCCUCCCCCUGUACUGAGGCUGCAGGUCUCCGAUCUGUCAUGUAGUAGUUUUUUGUGUAUGUUGCAUGUAGUUUUGCCCGUGUGAUCCUGUUCACAAUGAUGGUGCAUUAAA